AUGCUGCAGAGUUCACACCGGAUGUGGACAGGUGCCACAAGCCCCUGUCGGUGCUGCUCUUUCCUGUCAAAUGAGCGUGAGGAGGGCGCACUCUCUGACAGAGAUGGAUCUGGACACGGACGACGCAAAAGACUCUUCUCCAAAGAACUCCGGUGCAUGAUGUACGGCUUCGGAGACGACCAGAACCCGUACACCGAGUCUGUGGACAUCCUGGAAGAUCUGGUCAUCGAGUUCAUCACGGAAAUGACCCACAAGGCCAUGUCCAUCGGACGCCAGGGCAGGGUCCAGGUGGAGGACAUCGUUUUCUUGAUCCGUAAAGACCCGCGGAAGUUCGCCCGAGUGAAGGAUCUGCUGACGAUGAACGAGGAGCUGAAGAGGGCGAGGAAGGCCUUCGACGAGGCCAACUACGGCUCCUAGGGUCAGAGGUCGGAGGUCGGAGGUUGUGGUUCUGUUUUUGGACUUGAAUCGUCUGAACUGUUUCAUAUUUUCAAUCUGAUUAAAUGUUUCUUUUUACUAAACAAAAA